AUGGAGCGGUGCGCUUGCUCUUCGCUGGGAUGCGGGUGUCGUCAGCAGCGCCAGGGCCCAGCUGAGACGGCGGCCCCGGCAGAGAAGCACGUGGAGGCGGACGCGGCAGCGCUGUGCUGUGCAGAGAGUGGAGGGAUCGCGAGCCCCAGGCCGCCCUCGCCGCCCCGGCGCUGCUCGCUGCAGGACCUGCCGGUGGAGAUGCUGGUGGAGAUCUUCGCCUCGCUCCCCGGCACCGACCUGCCCAGCCUGGCCCAGGCCUGCACCCAAUUCCACAGCAUCCUGCACACCGACAGCAUCUGGAGACGGCGCUGCCGGGAGGAGUACGGCCUUGGUGAGAACUUGCAGGACCUGGAGGUGAUGGGUGUGUCUUGCCGAGAAGUCUAUACGCAGCUGCUCCACCCAUACAGACACAUUUUGGGCUUGUGGCAGCUGGCUACUGAGCCCUACAGGGAACUGCUGAACAUAGCGGUGGACGGCUUAUGCAUUACUGGUUGGAAGUACCUGCCUCCCCACCACCUCCAUGUGGAUGGCCCGAGGCAACUGAAGCCCUCGUUUAGAAUCCGCCUGACGGAGGGGAAAUCGGCCACGGUGGAGUGCAUGGAAGGCUACAGUAGGCCCCACAGCUGCCACUACAGUAGGCCCCACCGCUGCCACAUGCGGAUCCAGAGGGAUGGGUUCACCAUCAAGUGCAACCACAGCCUGUCGGAGUGUAUCCAAAAGCAUUUGCCCAAGUGGGUGAGUGAAGCCAGGGAGCUGGUGCUGCAGCACACGCAGUGGUUUAGCUUCCGUCAUUCCGACUGCCUGACCUACCGCCGCAUCUACCUCCCGCCGAGCCACCCGGACGACCUCAUCAGGCCAGGCUUCUUCAAAGGCACCUACGAUGCCUGCAGACUAAAGAUUGCCUUGCUCAGCUUCCACGGGCAGUAUGCCAGGGCCACGAAGAUCGCGGGAGACCCCGGCAUCCCUGGCUGGAAGGAGACGUUAGAGAUCCACCUCAGGCACCGCAUCCAGCUGCCAAACGCCGAGAUCCUCCGCAACUUCAACGUGCUCUCCCGCAUCGUCCGGGCGAUGCACGAGCAGGUGACCCGGGAGCAGCAGGAGGAAGGAGACAGGCCUGAGGACAGCCCGGCCCGGCCCAGCGUCGGGGGCUCCGGGGCUGCAGCUUUGGAGGAGCAGCCCGCCCGCAGCUUUGUUCUGCCCGAGGGCGUGUACUCCAGAGACCAGAACUACCCCCGAGCCUACAGGAUGUGUUUCUACGGCGUGAACCUGGUUAACAUCUGUGGCUCCACCUACCCCCAUCGCUUCCCUGGAAUCUUCAUCCUGUUCGAUGAGAACCACUUCGGGUUCCUGUGUCUGGAUCGGAAAUACUUCAUCCUGUACAGCAGAGUCCAGGACACCUUCCGGAAUGUGGAGGCACCUUCCCCACAGGCCUUCCUGGAGAUGCUGGAGAACCUUCAGGCCCUACCCCCUGGGAGGAGCAGCCUGCAUGCCCUUUGA